CCAGUCAAGUUCCUCCACCCCAAACUCGCUCAUAGUCCCAUCCACCUUACUAACCGUUCUGUAUCUGCCAUCCCUCUCUGCCAAUCCCUCCACUGGCCUCCACUCAGUGUCCUCCACCCCUGCCAAUCUCUGCCAAUCCCUCCACUGGCCUCCACUCAGUCAGUGUCCUCCACCCCUCUCUGCCAAUCCCUCCACUGGCCUCCACUCAGUGUCCUCCACCCCUCUCUGCCAAUCCCUCCACUGGCCUCCACUCAGUGUCCUCCACCCCUCUCUGCCAAUCCCUCUACUGACCUCCACUCAGUGUCCUCCACCCCCCUCUCUGCCAAUCCCUCCACUGGCCUCCACUCAAGUGUCCUCCACCCCUCUCUGCCAAUCCCUCUACUGGCCUCCACUCGGUGUCCUUCAUCCCUCUCU